GUUAAGCAUUGUUUAUUUGGCCCAAGUUAUAGCUUUUGAGUUUGACACCCCUGCUUUAGACGAUAUUUAUUCAUUACACGUGGCAAGCAACCUGGUAAAUCGAAACAUUUAUGCUUCGACAAUGGAAUCGGACCACAAUUAACCCUCAAUUCUAUAAAUAAAAUCUUAAUUCUAAUUUGUGUACAGUAUACACAAAUUGUCGUCGAUUUCAUUUACACGUUUCGGCAUAGCUAAAUUCAAAUUAACGACAAAGGUCUCGUUUCGACUCUCGCUCCUUUCUGUCUCCUCGUUCGACAGCACCGAUGCAAUCGCAGAUCGUUCGUCGUUGCUGAAAAAAUCACCGUGUAGCCUUUGAUGUCACCGUUCCCCGGCAACGAAAACAAAAUAUGCGUUAAGAAAAUACCAUUUCUUCAAUUGGAUUCGCGCGACCAUCCCGUCGACAUCGUUUUCAUCUUCUCCACCGUAAAAUCUUGAAUAACUCGCCGAAAAAUGCGUGAAGUAUUGUCGGUCCACAUCGGCCAAGGCGGCGUCCAAAUGGGGAACGCUUGCUGGGAGCUCUACUGCCUGGAACACGGGAUUCAACCGGACGGCAUGCUUCCUCCGCAAAGUUGCUCCAGCGACGACGGCUUCCAGACCUUCUUCAGCGAAACCGGCGGUGGGAAAUAUGUGCCGCGUGCUGUGUUCUUGGAUCUUGAACCCACGGUCAUAGACGAGGUCCGAACAGGGACCUACCACCAGCUAUUCCACCCCGAGCAGCUGAUCUCCGGCAAGGAGGACGCCGCGAACAAUUACGCGAGAGGUCACUACACCCUCGGCAAGGAGAUCAUCGACCUGGUGCUGGACAGGAUCCGGAAGAUCGCGGACAUGUGCAGCGGCCUGCAGGGUUUCCUGAUCUUCCACGCGUUCGGCGGCGGCACCGGGUCCGGGUUCACGAGUUUGCUGAUGGAACGUCUGUCCAUGGACUACGGGAAGAAGGCGAAGCUGGAGUUCGCCAUCUACCCGUCCCCGCAGAUCUCCACCGCGGUGGUGGAGCCUUACAACGCGAUCCUGACCACGCACACCACCCUGGAACACUCCGAUUGCGCGUUCCUCGUCGACAACGAGGCGAUUUACGACAUCUGCAGGCGGAACUUGGACAUCGAGCGACCGACUUACACGAACUUGAACAGACUGAUCGGACAGAUCGUUUCGUCCAUCACAGCCUCGUUGAGGUUCGACGGUGCUCUGAACGUUGACCUGACCGAGUUCCAAACGAACCUGGUCCCAUAUCCAAGGAUCCACUUCCCUCUGGCGACGUACGCGCCGAUCGUCUCCAUCGAGAAGGCUUACCACGAGCAAUUGACCGUCAUGGAGCUGACUUCGUCCUGCUUCGAGCCUGCCAUGCAAAUGGUCAAGUGCAACCCCCAGAGGGGAAAGUACAUGGCCUGCUGUUUGCUGUACAGGGGUGACGUGGUGCCGAAGGAUGUCAACGCGUCCAUCGCGACGAUUAAGACGAAGAGGGCGAUUCAGUUCGUGGACUGGUGUCCCACUGGAUUCAAGGUGGGCAUCAAUUACCAGCCGCCAACUGUAGUGCCAGGGGGUGACCUGGCCAAAGUGCAGAGAGCAAUGGCGAUGCUUGCGAACACAACUGCUAUCGCAGAGGCCUGGACCAGGCUGAACAGGAAAUUCGAUUUGAUGUUCGGGAAGCGAGCAUUCGUUCAUUGGUACGUCGCGGAAAGCAUGGACGAGAGCGAGUUCAACGAGGCCAGGGAAGAUCUAGCUGCCCUGGAAAAAGACUACGAAGAAGUCGGCAUGGACUCGGCAGACGCUGGCGAAGGUGAAGAUGAAAACUAGAUCGCGUUACACGUGUUUCUGACACAUUUCUUUUCUUGUCGCUCGACGAGAUCUGGGAUAGCGUACGAAUCCAUUACGUACGACCUAUACAUGGUUUUGAUUGCUUUUAUUUAUAAUUGUCCCCUUGUACAUUGUUUUAGUAUACGAUAUUGUUUGUACUGUGUAUGUACAGAGGCAUCUCGGCCUUUUUUUAUAGCGAUUAAACAGUUUUUUUUCUUA